UUUUAGCUUCUUCAUUUCUCCUAUAAAUAGGUUCCGCUGCCCAUGAACUCCAUGCGCAAAAACAGUGAGAGAAUUCCAACAUUACCCACUUCACUCUUUCAGUUCCAGAUAACAUGGCAGCCUCCGGCGACGGUGAAUCUCCAACGUUGGAGUCCAAUCCAAAGGCCCAAGAAGCGCAAAACAAGGCAACCGUGGGCCUACUUUACAAGGCGUUGGCGCAUGGACAAACGGAGACCGUGGCGGGGCUCCUUGCAAGCGACCUUGAGUACUGGUUCCACGGGCCUCCACGGUGCCAGCACAUGAUGAGGGUGCUAACCGGCGAGUCGGCCGGCCGCAACGAGUUCGCGUUUGAGCCGAGGAGCGUCACGGCGAUCGGCGAUGACUCUGUGAUUGCGGAGGGCUGGGAAGGCGCGCAAGCUUAUUGGGUGCACGUGUGGAGUGUGAAAGACGGCGUGAUUACGCAGUUCAGGGAGUAUUUUAACACGUGGCUGACGGUGUGGGAUCUGCGGCCAUGGGAGGUUAACGGGCACGUGAGUGACGCGCUUUGGCAGAGCCAGCCUCGGGACCUGUACAGUCGUUCUUUGCCAGGCCUAAUGCUUGCUAUUUAGGAAGAAAAGCCAAUUGUUGUGGCUCUAAUCUUCUUCAAGGCAACGCAUAUUGCAUGAAUGUGUAACAUGUGAUGUGCUAAACAUCUAGAAAAAUGGGAAUUAAGCAAAUUCUGUGAA